UUUCCUGGUAUACAGAGUGCCUCAUUCCUGACCUCCACCCUAGGCUCCUUGGUGGGGGUUGGGGAGGGUGUCAGAGGUCAGCCGCUGCAGCAUCACGUGACUUCACCAUUGUAGAGGUACAAUAGAUGGCAAGCACCCAUGGCAAGUGCCCCUUUGUGGUUGACGGGUUGCACUCUCUCUCUCUCCCCUGGUAUUCAUUCCGGCUGGUUUGGGAACCUGACUUCUCUGAAGGAGUCCAUCUCCAGACGUGCUAGUAAAGGGUGAGCCUAGACGUUUUUUUUAAAAGGGGGUGCUGUACCUUUAAAUUCUGAAAGUGAACUUGGCUCAGGAAGGCCAGUAGUCAAGGUCCAGCCCCUAGAAGAGAGAAGAGCGGCAGACUCUGCGUCCUCGGCUGGGGCAGGCUCCUGGCAGCAUGGCAGGGAAGCUGGGGGUCCUCCUGCUGGCCCUCGUGCUCAGCCUGGCACAGCCAGCCUCGGCCCGCCGGAAACUCCUGGUGUUUCUGCUGGACGGCUUCCGAGCAGACUACAUCAGCGAUGAGGCCCUGGAGUCCUUGCCUGGGUUCAAAGAGAUUGUGAGCAGAGGGGUCAAAGUGGAUUACUUGACCCCGGACUUUCCCACUCUCUCUUAUCCCAAUUACUACAGCCUCAUGACCGGUCGCCACUGUGAGGUCCAUCAGAUGACCGGGAACUACAUGUGGGACCCCGACACCAACAAGUCAUUUGACUUAGGUAUCAACAGAGACAGCCGGUUGCCCCUCUGGUGGAACGGAUCAGAACCUCUGUGGGUCACUCUGACCAAGGCCAAGAGGAAGGUCUACAUGUACUACUGGCCAGGCUGUGAAGUUGAGAUUCUUGGUGUCAGACCUACUUACUGCCUCGAGUAUAAAUCUGUCCCAACGGAUAUCAAUUUUGUCAAUGCAGUCAGCGGCGCUCUUGAUGUCUUCAAGAGCGGCCAGGCGGACCUGGCGGCCAUCUACUAUGAGCGCGUCGACGUGGAAGGCCACCAUUACGGGCCCUCGUCGCCACAGAGGAAAGACGCUGUGAAGGCCGUGGACACCGUGAUGGCGUACAUGACCAAGUGGAUCCAGGAACGGGAGCUGCAGGACGACCUUAACGUCAUCAUCUUCUCAGAUCACGGGAUGACUGACAUUUCCUGGAUAGACAAAGUGAUCGAGCUGGAUAACUACAUCAACCUCCGUGACCUGCAGCAGCUGAAGGGGCGAGGGCCAGUCGUGAGCCUGUGGCCAGCCCCAGGGAAGCAUUCUGAGAUAUAUAACAAAGUGAGGCGAUUGGAGCACAUGACUGUCUACGCGAAGGAAGACAUUCCCAGCAGGUUCUAUUACAAGAAAGGGAAGUUUGUCUCCCCUCUGACCCUAGUGGCCGAUGAAGGAUGGUUCAUAACUGAGAAUCGAGAGUCGCUCCCAUUCUGGAUGAACAGCACCGUCACCCGCAAGCCAGAAGGCUGGCACUGGGGCUGGCAUGGAUACGACAACGAGCUCAGAGCCAUGAGGGGCAUCUUCCUGGCCUUCGGACCUGAUUUCAAAUCAGACUUCAGAGCCGCUCCCAUCAGAGUCGUGGAUAUCUACAACCUCAUGUGCAAGGUGACAGGCGUCACCCCCUUGCCCAACAAUGGGUCCUGGUCCCGGGUGAUGUGCAUGCUGAAGGACCCGGCCAGCUCGGCCCCAGGCGCCCAGCCCUGUGCCUGUGCACUGGUCACCGUCCUGCUGGUACUGCUGGUGAUGCUGGCCUAGCUGCUUGCGGCGUGUCCCCAACACUCCACACAGUGGGUAAAUUAACCACCUCAAUUCAUGUGAGGACAUACAACUGUUAAUGUAUUCUUGGAUGAUUCCAUACACAAAAGUCCCUUUUCUUUAGAAUUUUUUUUUGUUUAUAUUUUCUAGAGGUAAGGAAAAUUCUAGCUUUUCAUUUGUUCAACUAUAGGUUAUUUUCUUCUUCUUUUUUUCUUUUUUUGAUGUACUCAGAUGGCUUGUCUGAACAGGGCCUCCCGCUGUAGUGACUAGACCCCAGGUGGGUAUUCUGUGGAGUCCUGGUCCCUCUGUUUUGCACAAAGCAGGCUCUUGUCUGGGGUCUGUCUACAUCUGGGAGCCAUCCUGUACAGCUCCUUCCAUCAGGGGGAAAACGGAGGCCCAUUUGAAAGCAGUAGCUGCUGUCUAUUUCUGACCCAGCUCGUGACGUUUCUUCACCUUAUACGAAGUCCCAGAAAGGGAGUAUCUUAGCUUGGCUCACCCAUCAGUCAAACUCACUAAGAAUUGCAGAAUUCAGAGAACAAAGUGAAAGGUAUGGGUUUCUUCCCAAAGUCUGAGCGCACAAAAUUUUCUCCCUGCGUGGAGGAACAGAAGAGUUUACUGUAGAUACGGGCUUCAAUGAGCCUUCUAGCGUGUUCGUGGUGUGAACACACACGGCAGGAACUGGAUUGCCUGUCUGCCCACCUGCUUGUGGGAAGGCUGACUCAGAGGAUCCCAAAUAGAAUGUGAGUGCGUGCUCAGUCACUUCAGUCAUGUCUGACUCUGUGCAACCCCAUGGACUGUAGCCCCCAGACUCCUCUGUCCAUGGGAUUCUCCAGGCAAGAAUACUGGAGUGGGUUGCCAUUUCCUACUCUAAGGAAUCUUCCCAACCCAGGGAUCAAACCUGGGUCUCUUACAUCUUCUGCGUUAGCAGGUGGGUUCUUUACCGCUAGUGCCACCGUAAACUCCAGCAACACCGGACAUAUCCUCUAUCAUCACGGGUGGGGAAAGGGAUGUCUGGCUGAUGAGUGUGGACAUACUUGCAGAAAUCUCACUCCAUUGCUUGAAAUGGUGACGUAUUGAGCAUAAGUUUGAUGCACCUGUGUCCCUGAAAGCAAGGCUUCUUCAACAACCACAGCAAAGUGGACACUUGAGUGACCCAGAAUUCCAAGAAAAAUGGUGGAGUGCAGGGAACAGACUCAGCAUGAUGCAACUGAAUUCCCAGUCACUAACCACUUGGCCAUUUGAUUAGGUAACAGUUUGGGCAAAGUGACACCUCAGAGACCUUGGUUUUUAAGAAACCCCAAAGAAGAGGCACUGAGCCUGAGUUGAAAUGUUUUUAGUCUCCUAAGUCUGCUAUAGGAGAUCUUGUUGCAAGACAAGGGAUACCUAUACUUCUAUGUGAUCAGAGUCAUAGACAUGUAUCACUGCAUUAAAAAUGAGUUUGCACUAAAUGAAGCCCACCUGCAGAUGAGACUUUUUAUCAAGAAAAGACAACAGAUCAGGUCUCACCAGGACAAUAAAGCCUCAGACAAUAAACAUUCUGCUUAUGUGUUGUUUACCUUGAAAAAUAAAAAUCUACGCUCACCCUGAUUCAAGAAGUCUGGGAGCCAUCUCCAGACCUUGAAUCAUGAGAGCGAAGGAUCACUGCUUAAAAAUAUCACAUUUAUCUUCACAAAAGAUUUCUAAGGUUUUAUGUAAUGUGUUUUUAAAGCGCUAGCAAACCUUCAAGUCAAUAGGAAAGGCAAAUCAGCCUUUGUUAUCUGUCUGAAAGCCAAUUAGUGCUUUGGGAACAUUGUGGUGGUUACUGAAAGAGCAUCUAUUGUUUGAAGUUUUCUUUCUCUGUAAAGGACUGUGUUCUAAUUAAUUCAGUGGAGCUCAUUGUGCUCCCAUGUGAAGGAAGGAGCCCUAAAAGAAACCCAGUGAUUCAACUAAAAGUGGAUUAUUCAAGUCUAGAGGGGUACGAACAGAUAUACGGUCUUGAGUUUGUCCUUCCCACUCUGUUCUACCAAUUUUUCCCCUCACUCAUUCUUAAAAUCUUCAAGUUACAUAGUAAAAUCUCAGACAUUUGCCUGACAAGGUGUAGUUACUCUGUAAGUGGUUUUGAAGCUCCAGUACUUCGCCCACCUGAUACAAAGAGCGGACUCUUUAGAAAACACCCCAAUGCUGGGAAAGAUUGAAGGAAGGAGAAGGGGAUGACAGACAAUGAGAUGGUUGGAUGGCAUCAUC